AAUGUGAGUAGGAACCAUCUUUUUAAAAAGGAUUCAAUUCACUUUCUUUCCUCCGUGGGUUAAAGAGCUGUUUAUUUGUAAUAAAGAAAAAAUUUGGUGUGCACACAAUUCAAGUUUGAAGUAGAGAAGAGAAGUUUCAGUACGGUGGGAGAAACUCUGAAGGCCAUAGUAGUCAUUCUGUAAUUUAGUUAAGUAGUGGAUGUUUCAGAUAUGGACAGCAUUAAGAAAGUGAUUCAAUUGAUUGUCGAUGAUGGUGUUUUUGGCCCGGUGAAACUGAAAUCUGUAAAUUUUCGUGAAAAGGAUGAAGCCCAUGUUUCACACUUUGCCUCUUCAAUAGUUGGUGUUGCUGUCACCGUAGAAAACGACUCUUCUGAAUGUAUUCACAGGUUAAUUGUGAAGCUCCCCGUAAAUUCUGACCUGAUCAAAGAAUUGCUAAUGAGUGAUGUUCUGUUUAAAAAUGAAGUGCUUAUGUACGAGGAACUUUUACCGCUGUUAAAAGCUCAAGAGCUAGAUGUCUUUCCAAAAAUGUAUUAUGGAAAUUUUACUGAGGGUAAAGAAACUUCUAGAGAUAUGAUUAUUUUGGAAGACCUCAGUCCUGGAGGGUUUACUCUGACAGAAGAAAAGGUUUUCAUGGAUUUCAACCAUUUUUCAUUGGCAUUGGAAAAGCUUGGCAGAUUCCACGCUCUCUCUCACAAAACGAAAAGGGAAAAUGCUCAAGAAUUUCGCCGGCUCUAUGGCCAGCUUUCUAAAUCCAAGUUUGAAAAUGAAAAAGUGCCUGAUAUUCAAAAGAUCAGUUGCACGGCGAUGCAAAGGGGAAUCAAACACGUAAUGGAAAAAGGGGACAAACUCGAACUCUUAAAUCAACUCCUGGAGAAGACAAACGGUCUUAAGGCGAUGGUAGAGAAGUUAUUUGAGCCUGAGGAGCCUUUCGCUGUCCUCUGCCAUGGUGAUUUCAACAGGAACAAUGUGUUUUUCAAGUAUGAAAAUGGCAAACCAGUAGACGUGAAAUUCUUCGACCUACAGACACCAAGGUACACCACUCCCUCGCUCGACCUGGCGUUUAUUUUGUACAUGAACACAACUAAAGAAUUAAGGGAAAAACACUGGGACGACAUGCUGCGGUGUUAUUGGGAUGGGUUCACUGCAGUUUUGACAGAGCUACCUUUUGAUUUCGACCAAUUUCACAGGCACUUUGCAAAAACGGCUAUUUACGGAUACAUCCCUUGUUCUUUCUUUUUGCCUUAUAUGAUGGAGCCAAAUCCUUUGCCGUUGCAAUCUAUGGAAAACCUGGACACAGAAGCUAAAGUGAAGAUGAUGAUGGCAAUAGGAGGAGAGACUGCGACUGAAACAAUCGGAGAUGUCGUCCAGCAUUUACUAGACAAGGGAUACAUAGAGGCAUUCCUCCAUCUUUACGAUUAAUGUUUUUCAAAUUGUAAUUUUUAAUUCAUUCCGAUCGGUGGAUAUUGAAGAUAUAACAAGGAAACAACCCAUAGUUUCUUGAGAAUGACAAUACACCCACCAAAAAUUGUAGGAAAAAUAUAUUUUAUAGCUGAUCUUGUACCAAAAAUAUAUGUUAUAACUGUACUUGUACCAAAAAUAUAUUUAUAACUGAAUUACUCACAAAGAUUUAUUUGUUUUUAAAUAAAAUACGUUAAAAUAUAUAUGCUUCUUUUGUGCAUGUCUCACUUUAGUUACUUUACUUUAGUUUAGUGAUUAUUUAUGAAACAAAGUACUACAAUGCUCAACUUUAGGGGAGAUUAACCAAAUUUAUGUGGAAAAAACUUUAUUUUGUGAAUAAACUUUCAUUUGUUAUAUGCACAUAGUUCAAAGUUAUAUUCUUGUAAAGUUAUUAGUAUUUAAUUAAGUUUCAUUUUCUUCUAUGUUUUGGUGUUUUGUUUGUUUAUUAUUUUAUUUGAUCACUAAGGAACAUCAAAAACGCUAUCAAUAAUCAGGACCAAACAGCUUCACAUUUCAACUUCAUACAAUGAUUUAUUAUUUUUUUGUGCAAAGUAUGGUUGAGUGAAAAAUUAAUGUCACAAGCAGGACUCGAACCCAUCCAGAUGGUCUGCUCAUGACUCUAUUUUUCAGUGCACCCAUUCUUUGCAUAAACAAUAAUAAAUCAAUUGAAAAAAUUACUUUGGUUAAUAAGACCAACUGAAACAUAUAUUAAUAGAAAUCUUAGUGUCAAGAUUCUUCCAUUUUGGGCCAAUAAACUGUGUAAUCUAGGCAGGAUGGAAGCACAAUGUCAGUUAUCUGGACACAGAUUAUAUUUAGCUAAACUAGAUUCAAAAUUUGUGAAUAUUUGUAAACUGACAACAAUAAAUACACGUUAGCAAAAUUAUGCCUGUUAAUAAUGUUUAAAGAGUGUGAAAGUAGCCAGCUACUAAGUAAAAUGAAAGCCCGUUCAGGUAUAAAAAUUUCAUAGCUAAUAAAUUACCCACACAGAUAAGAGGAAUUAUUUCCAUCAUGUAUAGAGAACUAAAAAAUAUAGCCAAAAUCAGCAAUAAAAUUUUGGAAAUGACUUUUCACUCUACCCAAGUUAACACAGUAUCCUCUCGUGCUCCUCAUGUAGAUAGAGAUUUAUUAAUACAAUUGUGUGACAGUAUAUCUACAUAGGCUGUUAUUUUUUAAUAUUUUUAUUGUAUCUUAAAAAUCUUCAAAGGAAAGUUCAAUAUCAUUAUCUGGCUAUAAAUCUAUAGUUAUAUCUAGGCCAUAAUUUAAAUUUACAUCCAUCUCAACCAUGCUAACACUUCGCUUCAAUUCCUGGAAAUACUCCACCAAUCUGAUCAUCACUUGAUUACUCUCGCUUAGCAACACUGUUUUUGUUGUGGCAAACAUUCAUUAAUAUUUUAUAUUUUUUAACAAUCAAACCAAUCACCAUCUUGUGAUUGACAAAAAGAAUCAUGUUGUCUACCCUAGUUUUAGUUGCAUUUUGCCAUGUGAAAAAAGUUACAAUAGAUAAAAAAUGAGAUCUGUGAUCUGAAGAGUGAUAAACAUGGAAUUUGGUCAUUAAUGAUAAUUUUGGUCUGUCAGAUGUGAUUUGGUAUUUUGUUAUCUUCAGCAUGUCCAGAGACCAAGGAAAACAGACCAAGAUGAUGGGUAACAACCAAAUGGCAAAUUGCAAACUUAAAAACGACACUUUAUCUUGGCAAAAAAUCAUUUGGAAUGAAAUAAUUCUCAUUUAUUAAUUAUGAACUAACAGAUUUUUUUUUUUUUUCAAUUGAAGCGCGUCAAUGCUGUCUGACAUAGCAAAAGAAUACCGCCCCCUAGGUUAUCACUUAAUAAUUACAGAUUACUUUGAUAAAUGGUGAUACUUGCCAAUUGGUUAACAUCCUCACUUUAAAAAUUUUUUAAAAUUUACUUUUAUCACUUAUAAUUGCUGAAAACACACCAACAAUGAAGCUUGAACUAAUUUGCAAAAUAUAAACCUAUAAAACUAAGUUUCUUUUAUUCCAUAAUAAUUUUUAUUC